AUGACCCAAUCUCAAGCACGUCGCAAUGAGCCUAUUGCAAUCGUUGGCAGCGGCUGCCGCUUCCCCGGCAGUGCCAGCAGUCCUUCUAAGCUCUGGGAACUUCUGAAGACCCCGAGGGACUUGGGGAGGAAAGUUCCCAAGGAGAGGUUCAACGUGGAUGCUUUCUAUCAUCCGGAUGGAGCCCAUCAUGGUCGCACGAACGCACGAUUUGCCUACUUUCUCGACGAAGACCCUUACACCUUUGACCCAUCUUUCUUCAACAUUCCACCCAAUGAAGUCGACACAAUUGAUCCUCAACAGCGUCUCCUCCUAGAGACUGUCUACGAGGGUCUCUCCUCUGCGGGCCUCAAGGUAGAAGACCUUCGAGGCUCUCCCACCGCCGUCUACGUUGGUAUGAUGCAACGUGAUUUCCUCGACCACCAAAACUACGAUCUCGAUGCCCUCAACAUCUAUGCCGCGACCGGCACAUCCGCAUCUAUUCUUUCCAACAGAGUCUCCUACGUUUUCGAUUGGCACGGUCCGAGUAUGACCUUUGAUACCGCCUGCAGCUCCUCCCUCGUGGCCGUCCACCACGCCAUCGAGCACCUUCGAACGGGCUUAAGUCAGGUCGCCAUUGCUGCUGGCUCGAACUUGAUCUUGGGUCCGGUUCCAUUUAUCUCAGCCAGUAAGCUGAACAUGUUCUCACCCACUGGCCGUUCUCGAAUGUGGGAUGCUGCCGCGGAUGGGUAUGCUAGAGGCGAAGGCGUUGCCGCGGUCGUCCUGAAAACUCUCAGUCAGGCGAUCGCAGACGGGGACACUAUCGAGUGUGUUAUUCGUGAGAGCGGCAUCAACCAAGACGGCAAGACUGCAGGAAUCACAAUGCCGAACCAUGCAGCACAGGAAGCUCUGAUUCGCGAAGUCUACAAGCGAGCAGGCCUCGAUGUGACCAAGCCCGAAGACCGCUGCCAAUACUUCGAAGCGCACGGAACAGGCACUCCGGCAGGGGAUCCUCAAGAAGCCCAAGCCAUCUCUUCUGCUUUCUUCGGGAACAGGCAGCGUGCCGUCGAUGAAGACCCUCUGUACGUGGGUAGCAUCAAAACUGUCAUCGGGCAUACUGAGGGUACGGCUGGUAUUGCCGGCCUGAUCAAAGCUUCGCAGGCCAUUCAGCAUGGUCUACUACCGCCAAAUAUGCUCUUCAAUGAGCUAAGCCCGAGGGUGGCGCCAUUUUACUCCGAUCUCCAGCUUGUCACGAAACUCCAGCCCUGGCCCGAGCUCAAGUCCAACCAACCGCGACGAGUGAGUGUCAACUCGUUCGGAUUCGGCGGUACCAAUGCCCACGUAAUCGUGGAGUCCUAUAUUCCCGCCUCGAAACCAGCAAUUGAUGCGCCCCCCACCCCAUCCCUUGCUCCGAUCACGCUCUCCGCCAAUUCAGAAGCCUCGCUGAAGGCCUCUAUGGAGGAGUUGAGUCAAUUUAUCAAAAGCCAGCCCAGCUUACGCCUACAAGACCUCGCCUGGACACUGCUGAAAAAGCGAUCGAACCUUCCAGUCCGCCAUGCUAUACCAGCCAAGACGGUGCACUCUCUGUCCGAGGCUCUCGAGCGUGAUGCGGCUUUGGUGCAAGGGAAGCAGAGCAUCACAACGGUCUCGGAUGUCAAGACCAAGCCCGAAGUGCUUGGUAUUUUCACCGGUCAGGGCGCCCAGUGGCCGACCAUGGGCAAGGCUCUCAUCUCGGAAGUGCCUUAUGCCCGCGAUAUUAUCCUAGAGCUGGACCAAUCUUUGCAGGACUUGCCAGAGGAAUACCGGCCCACGUGGAAGCUCUUGGAUCAGCUCCUCCUCGAGGGGGCAGACUCCAAUAUUGCUUGCGCAUUCGCCGCCGGCUUCAUAUCGGCGUCCCAAGCAAUUCGGAUUGCAUACCUUCGCGGCCUCACGUCGAGGCAUGCAGGUGGGCCGAACGGUAUUGAGGGCGCUAUGAUGGCCGCAGGCACCUCCUUUGACGAUGCAGUUGACCUAUGCGCUCUCGAGGCCUUUGAGGGCAGAAUGACUGUGGCAGCAAGCAAUGCGCCGGAAAGCGUUACCCUGUCCGGAGACAGAGAUGCCAUCCUCGAGGCUCAAGAGAUUUUCAACGACGAGUCAAAGUUCAACCGCCUCCUCAAGGUGGACAAGGCUUACCACUCUCACCACAUGCGUCCUUGCGCCGAGCCCUAUGUUGCAGCUCUCAAAGCUUGUGACUGCGACGAGUUCAGUAUGGAUGUCGCACCCACGGCCACCUGGAUCUCGUCGGUCUACGAAGGCAAGCUCAUGAAGACUGAGGAUCUCGAGGCUGAGUAUUGGAGUGCUAACCUACUCUCUCCCGUUCUUUUCUCUUAUGCUGUCGAACAGGCCCUGGUAAAGCACAUGCCGCUCGAUAUUUGCGUCGAAGUGGGAGCUCACCCGGCUCUGAAGAAUCCUAGUCUCCAGACCAUUGAAAACUGCGCCGGUGCUCCGCUUCCAUAUGUGGGCUGCAUGGAGCGGAGCAAGGAUGACGUUGAAGCCUACUCUUCGUGCUUGGGCUACAUAUGGUCGCGCUUUGGCUCAGCUGCUGUCGACGUCGACAGCCUGUACAGCAGUCUCUCAUUGGAUGUCGAUACCCAAGACUUGUCCAAAGAACUUCCGUGCUAUUCUUGGGACCAUCACCGCUCGUAUAGAAAGGAGUCCCGCGCGCUUCGCAGUUGGCUUGGAGCUGAACGGCCCCAUCUUCUGCUCGGCAAGCAACUCGUCUACAGCAGUCCGUCAUCGAUACAGUGGCAGAACUUUAUCCGGCAGCGUGAUAUCGAAUGGCUCGAUGGCCACUCCCUUCAGGGCCAGACUGUGUUUCCGGGCGCAGGAUACGUGGUCAUGGCCAUGGAGGCUGCCGUGAAGCAGGCCGGUGAUCGAGAGGUUCAGCUUCUGGAGGUUAUCAACCUCUCGAUCGACAAGGCCGUGACCUUUGAGGACGAAAACAGCAUGGUGGAGAUCAACCUCACUCUAGACGUCGACCUAUCGCAGACCACAGACACUUACGCUGUGUACAGCUUCGUCAUCAACUCUUGCCUCGCCAGAGAAACCGGUCUUACUCGCUCGGCGGCUGGGACGGUCGCUGUGACCUAUGGAUCAGGAUCACCUGAAAGCCUUCCUCCCCCACAGGGCGAGCCGCCCCACCUGAAUAAUGUCAGCAUCGACAGAUUCUACAACAUGCUCAGUGAGAUCGGGUACGGGUACACCAAGCAGUUCCGCGGCGUCAGUAACCUCAGACGCGGCGACAGCAAGGCUUGUGGCACCAUCGCCUUCCACCGUCUGGAGGACAACCACCGCAACAUGGUUCUCCAUCCUGCCACCCUCGACGUGGCCUUCCAAAGCUUUAUUGGAGCAUACACUGCCCCUGGCGACCGACGCCUGCGAUCUCUCCUGGUGCCGACUGGAAUUGACCGCAUUGCGCUGAACCCGUGGGUCGCGGAUCGCAUCCACGCCUUGUCCAGCCAGGUGGAGUUCAUCUCCACCAGUGCGGCGAGCGUCGGAAACACCGUGGCAGGAGACAUUGAAGUCUUUGACCCGGAGACCGACGCCACCAUGAUCCACAUCGAGGGCCUCAGCUUCAAGCCAUUCUCCCCGCUCUCGGCUGCCGAUGACCAUGAAAUGUUCUCCAAGUGGAGCUGGGGUCCCGUCAACCCCGAGCCCUUGCUCGAUGACAGCAAAUACCACGCCACCGAGCGGGACAGGAAAGACGUGGCAGUCAUCGAGCGAAUUACGUACUGGUACAUCAAAGCGUUCCUCGCGAGCCUCACGGCGGAAGACCGCGAGAACGCCGCCUUUCACUUCACGAAGCAUAUCCAGUGGUGCGAGUAUAUCAUCGCCGAGACCGAGGCGGGCCGCAAUGUGUGGUACGAGCCAGGCUGGGAGCAGGACACGAAAGCUGAUAUUGAAGAGAUGAUUCGAGAGAACGUGGCGCAUCCCUUCGUCCGCCUCAUCCAGAGAGUCGGCGAAGGCGCCUUGGAGACCCUUCGCAACAACGAGAACGCCUUUGACCUGAUGGACCACGAUGGCUUGCUCACCGAAUUCUACGGCGGCACCGUCAGCUACGGGCAUUCUUACCACUACUAUCAAAGACUCCUUGCGCAGAUCAAUCACCGGUAUCAAAACCUGGAUGUUCUCGAAAUUGGCGCCGGUACUGGGGGUGCGACACGGUAUUUCUUGAAUCACCAACAAAUCUCGUUCAACAGCUACACCUUCACCGAUAUCUCCAGCGCGUUCUUCGAGCAGGCGGCCAAGGAGUUCGAGCAGCAUGCGGACAAGAUGGAUUUCCGCCCGCUCGACAUCCGCCGUCCGCCAAGCGAGCAGGACUUCAAGCCCAACUCGUACGACUUGAUCAUUGCCUCCAACGUCCUCCACGCCACGCCGAGGCUCGAAGAGACUCUGGUAAAUGUGCGAUCACUGCUCAAGCCCGGGGGCCGGUUAGUGGUCAUCGAAGUGGCGCACCGUGAGCACACCCGUAUUGGAUUCAUCUUCGGUCUGUUCCCGGAUUGGUGGGCUGGGCACGACGAAGGGCGUGUCCUUGAACCGUUUGUCUCAUAUGACCGGUGGGACACACUGCUGAGGAAGACGGGGUUUUCGGGAGUCGAUAGCCGCACGCUUGACCCGGACAGCAGGGUCUUCCCCAACGGCGUGUUCGCUACUCACGCGGUCGACGACCUGGUGCAAAGGCUGGACUCGCCACUGGCGGCCCCCGUCAAGGAGUCCUACGCGCCGCUGGUGGUGAUUGGGGGUUCCUCGCCGAAGACGAGUGCGCUCGUGGCUCAGCUUCCAGUCAUCUUGCCAGCGCGCACAUGGGAGACUGUCCCCACCAUCCGGGAGAUCAUCGACUUCGACUAUCAGCCAGGGUCCACGUUUAUGGUGCUCUCGGAGCUGGAUCAGCAUACGUUUGCGGGAUUCGAUGAGGAGCAACUCGAUGCUCUGCAGACCAUCUUCAACGCCGCCAACCAUGUCCUGUGGGUCACGGAGGAUGCCUGGGUUGAGAAUCCUCAGCAAGCCAUGACCAUCGGCUUCCUUCGCACGCUCCGCAUGGAAUAUCCGGACGUGCAUAUCCAGGUUCUGGAUGUUAAGAAGGCAAAGGAUCUGCGACCCGAGGUGUUGGUUGAGACCGUUUUGCGGCUGGAAGAUGGUACGAACUGGCAGGAGAGCGGUAUUCUGUGGACCGAGGAGCCCGAACUGUACUUGUCUGAUGGCAACGUUGUUGUGCCGCGGCUCAAGCCGGAUGUCGACAGGAAUAAUCGACUGAACUCCGGCCGCCGUCCCAUUCUGGUCGAUCUGGAUCCGAGACAGGAGACGCUGACUCUGGAAUACGAUGACGAGGAGCCUUUCUUCAGGUUCCAUGAGGAGCGCUUUGUGCCCCUGGCUGUUGACGAGACCUUUGUGACGGUCCAGGUGGAGUACUCUCUUGCCAAAGCAAUCAGAAUCGGCCAGAUGGGCUAUUUCUAUCUGAUUCAGGGCAGGGUUGCUGGAUUCGACGGCACGGUGGUGGCUCUCUCUGAGACCAACGCGUCCUCUGUUCAAGUCGCUUCCCACCGGCUUGUUUACAUCACCAGCAAGGCAGAACUGACUACUUCUGUGCUUCCAGGCAUCGCAGCAGAACUCAUCGCAAAGACCCUGCUAUCGGACCUUGCUGCAGGGUCAUCCGUACUGAUCUUUGAGCCCCCCAUGCUCUAUGUCGAGUCUCUGAGCCGUCACGCAGCGGCUGCUGGUCUCCCACUCGCCUUCGUAUCCACCAAGGCUGCUCCGGAAUUGGGCGGUAUCCGGUGGAUCCGAUUGCACGAGAAAGAGACGCAGCGUAACCUUCGCCAGAGGCUGCCGCUGAACGCUUCAGUAUUCUACGAUUUGUCUCCCGAAAAGAGUCCCGCAAGCCUAAGCCACCGGCUGGAGAGAUGCCUCCCGUCAAGCUGCUCUAUUUGCCGAAUCGGCCAUUUGUUCCAGAACGUUGCUACGCCGAUUUCCGUCGAAAGCGCGGCCGCGUCUCAGUGUCUGGCGGAGGCUGUCAGGGUAGCAAACAAGGUCAGCAACAGCCACGGUGGGUCGAUACUCAAGGGUAAUGAGAUAUUGUCUUUGAAAGAAGGUCCGGAGGUGAAUGCGGUUGUCGACUGGAAGUCAGAGCAGAUCAUCCCCAGCCGUGUCCGCUCCAUGGAGACCGAUCAGAUAUUCGUGGACAAUAAGACGUAUCUGCUGAUUGGCCUUGCGGGUGAUCUGGGUCGUUCGAUUGCUCGCUUCAUGGUCGAGCGCGGCGCACGCCAUGUGGUGUUGUCAAGUCGCUCUCCGAAGAUUGACCAGCGCUGGAUCGACGACAUUACCCUGCUUGGGGGCAACGUGAUGGUUCUACCGAUGGAUGUUUCCAACGAGGCCUCGGUCGACGAAGGUCUCGCUCGAGUCCGGGCCUCUAUGCCGCCGAUUGCCGGUGUGGCCUUUGGACCACUUGUCCUCCAGGAUGUCAUGUUCAAGAACAUGGACCUGUCGAUGCUGGAGAUGGUGCUUGCGCCCAAGGUAACGGGAGCUCGUCUGCUCAACGAGCGUCUCUCGGAUCCUGCCAACCCGCUGGACUUCUUCGUCAUGUUCUCCUCCUUCGUCAUGGUCUCCGGCAAUCCGGGACAGGCGGCGUACAGCGCUGCGAAUGCAUACACGCACGCGCUUGCUCAGCAAAGACGCGCUCGGGGGAUGGCUGCAUCGACCAUCGACAUCGGCGCCGUGUUCGGUGUCGGCUUCAUUGCGAGAGCGGGACGCGAACACGAGUACGAUGUCGUCAAGUUCAUCUUCGACGAGGUCAACGAAUGGGAGCUGCAUUCCCUCUUUGCAGAGGCCGUCGUUGCUGGUCGCAACUGGGAGACGACGGAUGUCGAGGUCAUCACCGGUAUGCCCUACAUGGAUCCUGCGAACCACGACCGAAUCCCCUACUUCGACGACCCACGCUUUGCGUAUUUCAAGCUGUCCGAUCACCACACCAAGGGCGAGGACGCCGCUGGGGCGGUCGGGUCCGUCAAAGACCAACUUCUCAAGGCCGAGACUAUGGAAGACGUUCGCGCCAUCAUCCUUGACGGCCUCUCCGGCAGGAUCCGGGGAGCUUUACAGCUCACUGCUGCGGAUGAGCUCAAUCUGACCGUACCUCUGAUCGAUCAGGGCGUGGAUUCGCUCAGCGCCGUUACCGUCGGCUCAUGGUUCACCAAGAACCUCAGCAUCGACAUUCCCCUUCUGAAGAUCCUUGGUGGUGCCUCGGUCGCUGACCUGAUCGACGAGGCUGUCUCCCGCUUGACACCUGAAGCGAUCCCCCUAGCUAAUUCUACGUUGCUGGAAAAUACAGCGCAGUCUGCCGCUGAGGCGCAGCCUAUCCCGCCGUCGUCGACUGUGGGUGCGUCCGACGAAUCCUCGUUCUCUGUCGUUGACUACGACGAUGUUCCGACGCCCCCAUCUCCGCGCUCCUGCGAUGAGGAUGGCUUUGAACGGCAAGUGCCACUUUCCCUCACGCAGGAGUACGCCUGGAAACAACAGCAACUUCCCUUGGAUCCGGCGACAUUCAACAGCACCAUUGGCAUCUACAUGUAUGGUCCCCUCAAUCUGAACCGUCUCGGAUGGGCAUUCAAUCAAGCACUACAGCGGCACGACGCGUUCCGUACCUGUUUCAUCGCCGAUCCGGACGGCGCGGCGCAGCCCAUCCAAGCCAUCCUGCGGUCCCCGCGAGUGCACUUCGAAGUGGUCAAAGUGGCAGACAAAGCCGCCGCCGAGCAAGGGUUCAAGGAUCUCGAAAGCUACAAGUACGAUAUAGCGAAGGGCGACACCCGGAAGAUCGUCGUCUUCCAGUGGUCGCCCACCGAUCACCUUCUGAUCAUGGCCUACCAUCGUUUUGUCGGGGAUGGCUGGACGACCGAACGCCUCUUUGUCGAGGUCGGCCAGUUGUACGAGGGCGUCCAGCUGGAGGCGGCGCCGAGCUAUGCCGACUUUGCCCUCCGCCAGCGCAAGCAGCUCGAAUCCGGCGCAUUCACCGAGGACCUGCAGUAUUGGGGCGGCCUCUUCGAGACCCUUCCCGCUCGACUGCAGAUCCUCAACGUCCCCGAGGCCCACGCGAGCGCCACGCCGACCACCUGGACGGAGCACGAGGUGUCCGCCCGCCUCAGCCGGAUGGUCGCCGUGCGCAUCAAGGACCGCAGCCGCAAGCACAAGGUGACACCGAUGCACUACUACCUGGCCUCGUACGUCGUGCUGCUGGCGCGCCUGUCCUCCAGCACGGACGUGGUCGUCGGCGUGGCGGACACCAACCGGCCCACGGGCACCGACCAGGCGACGAUGGGCUUCUUCGCUGACUUCCUGCCCGUGCGGAUGCACUACCACGCGGACCAGAUCUUCAACGAGGUCCUCAUGGCCACGAAGGAACAGAUGCGCGCGGCGCUGCUGCACAGCGCCGUGCCCUACGGGGCGAUGCUCGAGCGGCUCGGCCUGCCGGCGCCCUCCGCGGCGGACCCGCACUCCCACGCGCCGCUGUUCCAGGCCGUCUUCGACUACAAGCAGGGCCAGGCGGAGAGCGGCACCAUCGGGGAGGCGAAGAUCGUGGACUCGCGCACCCCGCGCGCGGGAUCGCCGUACGAUAUCACCCUCGAGAUGAGCGAUGACCCGUCCAAGGACCCGUUGAUCACGGUCAAGUUGCAGGCGGGGCGGCACGGGCCCCGGGAUGCGGAGGUGGUCAUGGACGCGUACUUGUCCAUUCUCAGUAUCUUUUCGAGGAACCCAGCGCUAAGGGUGGAAGAUGGACGUUUGGAUCAGGGGGCUAAGUCGAGGGCUUGAUGGUGCGGUGGUAGUGCAAUAUUGUGCAUUUGAGCUGUGAUCUUCGCCCCAUCAUGAAUACUAGUAUAUAUUUCUACAUCACUUGUUCAACAGCAUCAAAUUCCCUCCCACCGGAAUAGGGGAUUCAUAAGACAUCACAAUCACACUAGAUAAGAUCUAGGGUAGAUAUAUACAUAAAUACAGGUUAGAAAUGCCAUAUCUCAG